AUGUACUAUGGUGCGCCAAAUGCGCCGUGCCAAGCUGCAGAUUUAGGGUUUCUGCCACAGUCUUUUGGCAUUCGGAGCUUGGGGAAUCUCUCGUUGUCCCAAGUGGGAACAAAGGGAAGUCGCCGGGAGGGGCCUGCUGUCAAGCCUGGAGACUCUGUGAUGGUCAGGUGGGUGGCAGGCAGUGCCGAGGUCUUCGUUAAUGAGGUUCGAAUUUGGCAUGGAAGCCUUUUAGCUCCAGCACGAGCUCGGCGCUUCUUUGGUGCAUCUGUGGCUGACAAUGCUGUGUUGCGCAUUGAAGCAACGCAAAAACAUAGUCGAACACCUCUGUGCUACACCGAGAGGCUUUUGCAAACACCAUGUUUUUCAGACGUCCGAGUGGUCUGUGCGGAUGGGAGUGUGCUGGAGGCGCAUAAGGCUUUGCUGGCCGCAUCAUCACCAGUUUUUAAUCGAAUGUUCGAAUCUGGGAUGUUGGAAACAAAAGAGAAUUCUGUGAGCAUCCCAGCACCCAAGGAGGUCGUGGCUAAUUUGCUGAGACAUGUGUACACCGGAGUCUUUGAUCCAAAUAUUGAUGCGGCUGCAAUGAUUGAACUUGCUCACAUGUAUGACCUGCAAGAUCUGGCAGUUUUCUGCGGGGAAGUCUUUGUGGACAACCUGGCCCCCGCAAACGUUAGCCAAUGUGCCAAGAAGAUCGGCCCAUUACGAAACAACCCGCACGACUUUGGCUAUAUGGUUUCUGUUGGAAGCGCGCAAAUGCCUUCCGAUGAUGCGUUUGAAUAG